AAAAAAAUGACAUCUUUGGGAAAAAUGACGUUCAAAAUAUCAAAAGCAUCUUCCUUCCUUCUACUUAUGGCUGGGAUAUUUUCUGCAGCAGUGGCACACGAAACUCUGAUCCCUCCUCCGCCGCUCAUCACGAACCAGCCCUACUUCGACUCGACAAUGCAAGCUAAUCUCACCUCGCAUGUUGGGCGCAACGCCGAACUUCACUGCCGAGUGCACAACAUCGGCAACAGAACGCAAAUAUCGUGGAUACGUGGGCGUGAUCUUCGGAUUCUGACAGUCGGGAAAUACACGUACACGACAGACCUGCGCUACCAGGCGACGCACCUGGAUGGCACAAACCAGUGGACGCUCACCAUCCGCAGCGUGCAGCCCCGAGACGAGGGCCACUACGACUGCCAGAUCAGCACCAAGCCAAUCAAGGUCUUCACCACGCACCUGCGAGUUCUUACCCCCAAGGUGGAGAUCUUGGGUUCACCAGACCUGUACGUGCAGCGCCACAGCAUGAUCAACCUGACGUGUGUUCUGCACGACAUACCUGAGCCGCCGGCCUAUAUUUACUGGUUCCAUCGAAACAAGAGCAUCAGCUACAGCUCGAGCAGAGACGGCAUAAGCCUGGUGGUGGAGAAGGGUCCCACGACCAGCAGCCAUCUUCUUAUCAGGAACGCUCGAGUGCAGGACUCCGGUGAUUACACGUGCUCUCCUCAGGACAUGAACUCGACAAGUAUACGUGUGCACGUGCUUAAUGGAGAUUGGCAAACUUAUAAGUUGCAUGUCGUGCGUUCCAACAUGAUGGACAUGUUGGUAGUGCGACCACAGUGCAUGGAAGAUGCAGAGAUGAUUAUGAUAUGCAAGGGUGUUGGGGAUUUAGAGUUGAUUAUGCUGAUGCAAGAGCAGGAUUUAGAGAUGAUUAUGCUGAUGCAAGUGCAGGAUUUAAAGAUGAUUAUGCUGAUGCAAGUGCAGGAUUUAAAGAUGAUUAUGCUUGAUGCAAGUGCAGGAUUUAAAGAUGAUUAUGCUGAUGCAAGUGCACUAUUUAAAGAUGAUUAUGCUGAUCCAAUUGAAGGAUUUAUAGAUGAUUAUGCUGAAGUAAGUGCAGGGUUUAUUGACGAUUAUGCGGAUGCAAGUGCAGGAUUUAAAGAUGAUUAUGCUUAUGCUAGUGCAGGAUUUAAAGAUGAUUAUGUUGAUGCAAGUGCAGGAUUUAAAGAUGAUUAUGCUGAUGCAAGUGCAGGAUUUAAAGAUGACUAUGCUGAUGCUAGUGCAUUAAGGCGAACAGUCGGCGGCAAUGCAAACCAACGCAGCGUCACGGAUGCAGGCGAGCGCCAUGGCACUGCCAGCGUUGGUGUUUUUCCUGCUGGCUUCUCUGGUUCGUUUUUUCUCCUGCGUAUCAAUGAUACAUACUAA